AUGGCCGCUCCUCGUGCUACCCAGUUCAUCGCUCUCCGGAACCUGGCUCGUGGCAGCCACCAGGUCCGCAACCUCCAUAUGACCGGUCCAGCCACCUAUGCCUCGCCAGUCCUCACCAAGGCCGAACGACCAGUCCUCAACCUUCCCCGGGAUAUUGCUGGCCUGCGUGCCGAGUGCAAGAGGAGGAAGAUCGAUGCCACUGGACCCAAGAGCGACUUGGUCGCCCGUCUGAACGCCGACGAACUCGCCCACAGCCGAGCCUUCAGCACCAUCGCCGAGAAGCGUCCCACCGUCGAGCAGAACAAUGAAGUUCCCAAAGGCCCCGUCCGUCACUUCAACACCUCCCGCGAACUGAAGCAAGUCAACGACACCUCCACCAUCGACUUCGCCUACCUUCCCGACGUAAUCUCCCCAGAGAACGUCGACAUCUACGCCCAAGUCCGCGUCCCAAUCCUCCCCACCCUCGACGCCUCAAGUAGCAGUUCCUACGCCAACACAGCCCUCGAACCAGAAGAAGUCGUCGUCAUGAAACCCCAAAUCUCCAGCAUGUCCGCCGACGCCGUCUACCUCCCCAUGUCCGACCUCUCCGACGGCCACUCCCUCAACAUCGACUUCCACGCCAUGGCCGACCGCGUCGCCGCCAACCUCCGCCGGAUGAGCGUCCCCGUGGAAGAGCAGGCGGGCAUCAUGAAACAGAUCUGGAAUGAUAUGGUCGAUGAUGCUAUGGGGUUGCGGAAGUUGCGUGUCUAG